ACCAUCAGACUCAAAUACACAAAGAAACAUGAAUGGGUGUCUGUAGACGGAGAAGUUGGAACUGUUGGAAUCACUGACUUCGCUGCGGAGCAGCUUGGUGACAUUGUCUUUGUUGAAUUGCCCGAUGUGGAGACGAAAAUUGUGAAAGGAGACGCAGCAGGAGCCGUGGAAAGUGUCAAGGCUGCUUCUGAUAUCUACGCACCAGUGUCUGGCGUUGUGACAGAGAAGAACAACAUUCUUGAGCAAGAGCCAGGGAAAAUAAAUAAAAGUCCAUUCGAUGAAGGGUGGUUGUAUAAGUUAAAGCUAACGAAUAUAACUGAACUAAGUGAACUGUUGAAUGAAAAGGAUUAUGAAGACUUCAAGAAGGAGGAGGAGGGUCAAGAGAACUAA